GGCGGGGCUCGGCCCGCUCGGCCGCCCUGCGACUGCGCGAGAUGUGCCGCUCUGCGCGAUGACGUCAGUGCGCCCGUGCGCGCUGGGGGAGGAGUGGGACCUUUGGACCGGGAGGCGCAGAGGCUCCGCAGGCCUCGCCCGGCCCAGCGAUGGAGUUUCCGGAUCUCGGGGCGCACUGUUCCGAGCCGAGCUGUCAGCGCUUGGAUUUUCUGCCGCUCAAGUGCGACGCCUGCUCGGGCAUCUUCUGUGCAGACCAUGUGGCCUAUGCUCAGCAUCACUGUGGAUCUGCUUACCAAAAGGAUAUCCAAGUACCUGUCUGCCCACUCUGUAAUGUGCCUGUGCCUGUGGCCAGAGGGGAGCCGCCUGACCGCGCUGUUGGGGAGCACAUUGACCGAGACUGUCGCUCGGAUCCAGCACAGCAGAAACGUAAGAUCUUCACCAAUAAGUGUGAACGCUCUGGCUGCCGGCAGCGGGAAAUGAUGAAACUGACCUGUGAACGCUGUGGCCGAAACUUCUGCAUCAAGCAUCGUCACCCACUGGACCAUGAUUGCUCUGGGAAGGGGCACCCAACCAGCCUGGCAGGACUUGCUGCCAUCUCCAGAACACAAGGUCUGGCUUCUUCUACAAGCACCGUCCCCAGCCCAAGUCAGACCUUGCCUUCAUCUACCUCUCCCAGCAGAGCCACAGCCCAGUCUCCAUCAUGGACUGCCCCUCCAGUGAUUGCUUUGCAGAAUGGCUUGAGUGAGGAUGAGGCUCUGCAGCGAGCCCUGGAAUUGUCCCUGGCAGAGACCAAACCCCAGGUCCCAAGUUCUCAGGAGGAAGAAGACUUAGCUUUAGCACAAGCACUGUCAGCCAGUGAGGCAGAGUACCAGCGGCAGCAGGCCCAAAGCCGCAGCCUGAAGCCGUCCAACUGCAGCCUGUGCUAGGGCCUUGGGCUUGGGGAGGGAGGCUUAGCUGAGGAGGACUGUGGCCCUCACAUCUCUAAGGUCCACAGGGAGAGGAGGCCAAGAGCAGCCUGGAGUGAAGACGAGGAAUGACGCAAAGGCUGUUUCCAGGGAGUAUCAAGAGAAACAACUGUGGAACUCAGUCUAUAGAAGGCCCUGCUGGCCCUCCAGCUACGUGGGAGAUAGCAGCUGUGAACUGUUCCCUGGUUGGGCCCUCGGGGAUGCUGGCCAGGCCCCACUCAACUCCCUGCAUCAUGUCAUCCCCCUUACACUGGGGCUGCCUGCACGUGUGGGGACAGGGAGGGUCCUGGGAGGAAUAAAGGAUAUUGGUAGUUAAUAGCA